AUGGACAAGACAACGGAAGGAUUCACUGGAGCCAGUAUCUCGGCGGAGGAGGACCCGAAAUUGCCGCCUUCGGGAGCCGGACCUCACAAUCAAACCGGGCGUUUUCGCACCUCCAAAGGAGAAGGCCUGUUUGUGGACUCGAAAAAGGCUUUCACAGAAGAAGGGUUUCAAGAAGAAGGGUUUCUGUUCGAUCCGGCCAACUAUUCCGAGGGUGAACACGACGAAAUGCUGAAGGAGUUUUUCGAAACGAGUGCACCUUCGACAGCGAAACGAUCUGAUGGCAUUCGUUGGAUUCGAGUAAUUUCGGCCUCCUACAAAGAGGAGGGAUUAACAAAUGAGGAAGAACUUACAACCGACUGGAAGAAGCUCAAGAACUCAGGGAAAAUGAUCGACUUUGAUGCUAUCAAACAACUGGCUAUCCGUCAUAGGUACUUAGGUGGCAAUUGGUUUUCCUUUUUUGACACCGGAGAGGAGAUCGACAAUGCGUGGGAGAAAAUCGCCAAGGCUACAGUCAGAGACGAGCUUGGAACACACGCUAAGGUGACACCGUGCGAAGACACCAAGGAAGCGAAAGCUCGCAAGAGGCAUGUGAUUAGCGUGUACACUAAAGAUUUCACCGACAAAGAUGACGUGAUGAAAGUAGAAGCUAAACUGCGCAAGUUGGGCUUCAGAAAGCCAAUCGACUUCAAGCCUCGAGUUUACGCCACCCUGGGCAUUUACUCAAAGAACCAGUGGGGGCUGAGUCCGAGCAUCUACGUAUCAAACUGGGAUCCCAAGAAGGUCGCCGUGAAUAUACAAGAUCGCACCUAAUCUCGCGUGACCUACAUGAUCAACGACAAGAGUAGCGCAUGAGUUUUCGCAAUUCACUUUUCGGUUCACUUUUCCUCUUAGCAGUUUUCUUUUUACAGUUAAAUGUCUUUGUUUCUACCCGAGUUGUUGGCGUGAACUCAUUGUGUUUGAAUAAGAAACAAAUCCUUGAUGGAGAAACAAGUUUUGCAGAUAACAACUGUUUAACGAGCACACGUAUCCCCCUCAUAGCUCAUUGCUUGCUGUGAAUAGGGAAGUUGUUAAGAUAGAUUGCAAAGUUGUAUCAAAAUACAUACUUUUCAUGCAUGGUAAGGUUUUAGAUUAAUGAAUUGGUAUUCAAGUUAUAGUGUCAUCCGACUGAGGCACUUGUGGAGCUAAGCUUACAUGGAUAAUGUAUAGGAUCGAGAUCCUUUAUAAUGUUUAGGAUAUAAUGACAUUAGAUUCGAUACGAUUAUACUUCACUUCACACGAUAACAUCACAAUUCCUUACAUUAUCAAACAAUUAUUAUGACGUUUUAAAAGUCCCAGCAACUUGUUUCUGGGAUUUCUUUCCGACACUGUAUAAAACGCAUGAACCGCUACUUCCUUGGUAGACGCUUAAUCUUAUACCGAAAAGCAUGUUUUUUAGUAUUUGAAGCUUUUCCCCUAAACCGCCGGCCCUCUAAGCUGCACCUACAUCAUGAGCAAUUAAGCUGAUAAAACAGCAGCAAAGUUAGGACUUACCUAGUCAUUGAAGAACCCGUGUAAUUUGGUUUAAUGCAGUCCCUGAAAAUGCACCUUUGUGUCCCAUUUAACCUUUGUCAUGGGAAAUUAACUAAUAGUAAUUAUCAAAUAAUAUUGAUUUUGUUGAAGGAUAAGUUUACUCUCUUUUAAUCUGUCUACACAGUAACAUUGUCAAGUUGUAUGACAUGGAUCUGGUGACCUUUCUAAAAUUAACUUGCUUAUACUGCAGUUUUGGGGUUUAUGCAACAUGCUCCAAGGUUGCAGUAUUACUGUAACUUUGUUUUAUAUUUUUUUUAUGUAACCCAUGCAAACAGCAAUUGUAUUUAAAAGUCUUUGUUUUAGAUCGUAUAUAAACUCUUACAUCAGAUUUAUACAAUUAUAACACAAAUUACACUGCUCUAUAAGUUAGCUACGAACUUAGUCUAAGGACCGAUUUGAGACCCUUGGCAGGAAGGACUGACUCAAGACAGCAGAUUCUUCAAUUUCUGCAGGCAAUGAUUGCAAGACGGUUUCUGCCGAUGGACCGAGGCAUGGAGACAUGAUCAACUAUCGAACUCGAAACUCAGCUUACAUUUCUAUAGCUGAAGUUCUUCAAAUCUUGGCACGCCCACAGCCAAGAGAUCAUCUUUGCACAACGUCAAUGCCAUCGCCUCUCCCAAGACAAGCAGUCCAAGACUUCCGAUCAGCUACCAAAUCAAGCGUUGCAACGAGACAGCAUCGGUUCCGAGGAGUCGUAGUUACCCACAAGAAAGCAAGCACGCAAGCAAGCAAGCAAGCAAGCAAGCAAACAAGCAAGCAAGCAAGCAAACAGGGGAGCAAGCGAGCAAGCAAGCAGGCAGGCAAACAAGCAAGCAAGCAGGCAAGCAAGCAAGCACUCAAAUGAACACUCUAAUGCCGGCUAUUUGUCUCGAUGA